GAGUGUAUUCAUCCAAUCAGCAAAUAUUUACUGAGCAUCUACUAUGUGCCAGGCACUGAGCUAAACCCUGGGGUGUAUCAGGGAACAGUAUAGACAAAAAUUCCUAUCUGGUGGAGCUAACAGUCUUCUAAGAGGACAAGUAGUGGAGCAAACAUGUAAAUUUCAGGUGGUAAGAUGUUAAGUGAUUUGCAAAUAGCCUCUUCGGUGGGAGCUGUGACGGGAAGGGCAUAUUUCCAAAUAUUUCAGAGUGGGCGGUCACAGGUGGCUUCUGUGUGGACGUGACCUCUGAGCCAAGCCCUGAAUAGAAAAAGUCAGUCACUUAUACAGGCAUCUGGAAAAAGAACAUUCCAGGGAGAGAACAGCAAGCACAAAGGCCCUGAGGCAACGACAAGCUUAGUAUGUUCUUGGAGCAUGGAGGAGGCCAGAAUGGCUGGAACAGGGUGAGCGAGGGGGAGAAUAUUAAGAGAUGAGGAUGAAGAGGUAGUGGUGGCCAGAUUACAAAAGGCCCUAUAGGCUGAGGCUAGGAGAUGAUAUUUGUUUAUAAUAGUUGGGAGCCCCUGGGGAGUUUUAAGCAGAGGAAUGUCAAAGGCUGAUUUAUGUCUUCAAAGGAGCUCUGUGGCUUCUCUGGGAAGAAUGGAUUGAGAGGAGUGAAGGUCCCACCAGGGAGACCAGUGGGGGGCUGUUGCAUGUAUCUAGAAGAGUGGUGGUGGUUGUGGGGGAUAGGAAAGGAAUGGGGGGUUUUGAGAUCAAUGUUGGGGGCACAGUGAGUGGAAUGUACUGAGGGGUUAGAGGGAAGGGCAUGGUGGUGGAAGAAAGGAGAUCUCUGGGGAGAAAGGGGUGCUGUUGACUUGGAUAUUUGGAGGGAGGAGAAAUGGGGACACUUGGGUGAGAGGCAGGAAGUCUUCUUCCCAUAGGCUAUUGAGACAGGCUGCAGGAACUUGAAUCAUGCCAUCCUGAUGUCUAUAAGCAGAGGAGAGGUCACAGCGGAUCCCAAGUUAAAGACUGAAGGCAGGGGCCUGCUCACGAUGACCCCCAGGCGUCCAUUGCACGUGCAGGGGCUGGAGUUCCCAGCCUUCCCCAUUCCCAGGAGAACAGAAAAACUAACUCCUCCCUCUUGAACUGAAGGGCUGAGAGUGGUAAGUGCCCAAGCCAACUUCAUGGGGCUGCAGAGCACCUUCAUGCCUACUUUCUGAGGCUGAACGGGUAAUUAUGCCCAUUUUACAGAAGGGAAAGUGGUUUAUGGUCACUGUGGUUAUUAAAUUCACUGGUGCCUCUCCAAAGAGGGUCAUGCUCCCUGGGGGUAGGAAAACCGAGGUAAUCUGUUGUUUGUUCCAGGUAACCUCUGAGUUACUGAGCACUCAGGCCAGCCCCGUGUCAAGCUCGACAAAUUCUCUCCUAUACCUCCCGAGAUGGGGGAAUGGAGACAAGCUGGGGUGGGAGCGUCUCCCUGGAUCCUCCCUGGCCGACCCUGAGGAUGGAGAGCCGGGAAGGAAGGCAGACAGGAAGAGGAGGCUACCCCUGCCCACUUGGCUGUUUCCCCAGGAGCUUCAGCUGUGUCGUGAUGUGUGUGGCCUGAACGUCUCUGACCGCUGUCCCUUCAUCCGGACCACCCCUGACUGCCGCAGUGAAGGGGGUUACCUGAACUACCUCGAAGGCGUCUUCUGCUACUUCCCACCUGACCUCCUCCCUCUGGCUGUCACCCUUUAUGCUUUCUGGCUGCUUUACCUGUUUCUGAUUCUGGGAGUCACCGCGGCAAAGUUUUUCUGCCCUAACUUGUCAGCCAUCUCCACCGUGCUCAAGCUGUCCCACAAUGUGGCAGGCGUCACCUUCCUGGCAUUCGGGAACGGCGCACCCGAUAUCUUCAGCGCCCUGGUGGCUUUCUCGGAUCCGCGCACGGCCGGCCUGGCCUUUGGGGCGCUGUUUGGUGCGGGCGUGCUGGUCACCACCGUGGUGGCCGGCGGCAUCGCCAUCCUGCGCCCCUUCACAGCCGCCUCCAGGCCCUUCCUCAGAGACAUCAUUUUCUACAUGGUGGCUGUGUUCCUGACCUUCACCGCACUCUACCUCGGCAGGGUCACGCUGCCAUGGGCCCUGGGUUACCUGGGCUUGUACGUGUUCUACGUGAUCACUGUGGUUCUCUGCACCUGGAUCUACCGAUGGCAGCGGAGGCGGUCCCUGGUCUACUCCAUGCCAGGCACUCCAGAAAUGCUCUCAGAUUCCGAGGAGGAGCCCGUGUCUUCCAACAGCUAUGACUACAGUGAAGAGUACCGACCACUGCUCUUCUAUCAGGAGACCACAGCUCAGAUCCUGGCCCAUGCCCUCAACCCCCUGGAUUACAGGAAGUGGAGGAGCAAGUCAGUGUCUUGGAGGGCCCUCAAGGUGUUCAAGCUGCCCGUGGAGUUCCUGCUGCUUCUCACGGUCCCUGUUGUGGACCCCGACAAAGAAGACGGGAACUGGAAACGGCCCCUCAACUGCCUGCACCUGGUCACCAGCCCGCUGGUCUUGGUCCUGACCCUGCAGUCGGGGGCCUAUGGCGUCUAUGAGAUAGGUGGCCUCCUUCCUGUCUGGGCCGUCGUGGUGAUUGCGGGCACGGCCGUGGCUGCGGUGACCUUUUUUGCCACAUCCAACAGCGAGCCCCCCAGGCUUCACUGGCUCUUUGCUUUCCUGGGCUUCCUGACCAGCGCCCUGUGGAUCAAUGCGGCAGCCACGGAGGUGGUGAACAUCCUGCGGACCCUGGGAGUGGUCUUCCGGCUGAGCAACACUGUCCUGGGGCUCACGCUGCUGGCCUGGGGGAACAGCAUUGGAGAUGCCUUCUCAGAUUUCACACUGGCCCGCCAGGGUUACCCGCGGAUGGCAUUCUCAGCCUGUUUCGGCGGCAUCAUCUUGAAUCUGCUGGUCGGAGUGGGGCUGGGCUGUCUGCUCCAGAUCUCCAGGAGCCCCACGGCGGAGGUGAAGCUGGAGCCAGAUGGACUGUUGGUGUGGGUCCUGGCGGGCGCCCUGGGCCUCAGCCUCGUCUGCUCCCUGGUCUCGGUCCCGCUGCAGUGCUUCCAGCUGAGCAGAGUCUACGGCUUCUGCCUGCUCCUCUUCUAUGGGAGCUUCCUCGUGGUGGCCCUGCUGACGGAAUUUGGGGUGAUUCGCUUGAAAAGUGUCUGAGUGCCGCCUUGCACCUGGGGCCGCCUGGUGGCCGGGAGGUGUCACUGUAGGUGGCGAGAUGGACGUCAGUCUGCCGGGGGACGGCUGCCUCUGCUGGAGGUUCCUGGUUGUCACCUUGCACAGGGACAACAGCUAAGCCUUGUUUCUGGGACAUCGGAGACGGGGCUGUGCUGUGGACAAAGCUGCGGACAGAAGGUAGACUUCCUUCUACCUUCUUGGCUUAUCUGUGGAGCCUCUUGGAGGCUGAGUGCCUUCCGGGCUGGUGCCAGAAGGGCAGUGGAGUGUUCCAGGGCCUGUAGCCGUGCCCUGCUGCCUUCCUGCAUCUUCUCCUCAGGGCUCACUCAAACCGCUGCCAAGCCCGGGCUUAUUAGGGUGACAGGGCAACUCAGAGGGUGGGCAGAACACAGUGAGCGUCAGGCCAUCCCGGGCUGAGUCUUAGAGCUGCACCAUCCAACAGAACUAGAACGUGAGACCCAUACCGAAUUCUGAAAUUUCUAGUCACCAUGUUAAUAAAAGUCCAAAGAAACAGGUCCUAUAUUAUAUGCAUUAGUGAAUGGCUCCAAUAUGUGAGCCUAUGGCCCUGGCCCAAUUACGGCCACUGGCUUGGAUGGCACAGCUCUAGCCUCUACCUCUAGAAAGGCCUGCUGGCUGCUGGCAGACUCCUCUGUACCCUGAACCUUGGGUUUUUCCCCAGCUGUGCAACAGGCAUCAGUUGGACCAUGCCCUGUCCUACCUCAGGGGGAGCCCUGGGCCGGGGUGCCAACACCUGGAAGCUCUAGGGAAGACGGAGCGGGUGCUCCCCAGUGCCUUCCCGCUGCCUUUUCAAAAAGCAGCUCUCCAGUUUGCCCGACUGCCUUCUGCCAGCAGCAGCGAGGCGAUUCAAAUGUCUUUUUUUCCAGUGAAAAAAUUAAUAAAUAUUUCAAGUGUC